GGCAACCUAAAAUGACACCAUCCACCCGCCGUUUUCGGCUCAUUGAAAUUUGUCACAUGUUGUUCUACUCAUGAUGUAAAUCAGCGUAUUUAAUUUAUUAUGGUCAAUCAAAUUUAAAACUCAAACUUAUCACGAGUAUCAUGACGUCCCUGAAUCAAUUUGACUUGAACAUGGAUAAUCUUAUUCUGGAGAGUACUGAAGACAAUUUGGAUGAUUCAGUUGCUGCAUCAGAACAUGAAAAGUCUGUUUCCCUCAAGAAGGAAUUGGAUGAACAAGAUCGCCUUAGACGAACAUGGGAAGAAAUUAAAAAUAAAAACGAGGGAACUGCCUCGCUGAUGUCUUUGCCGGACGAGGUCAAGUUUGUUGUUAAAGUUAGAAAUAGACAUUUGAAGGAUGCUAACGCAGUGUAUGAUUGUAAUGCAUGGGACGACGUUGAAUGGGACUCAGAAUUAGAAGAGCAAGCAAGAAAUGCGGUUGAAAAAAAUUCAGCGUAUCUAAUGGAAGUGGACAAGCGAUACAACUUGGAAAGAAAUGCCGAUUCAAAUUGGGACAAAUUUUACAGUAUUCAUCAAAAUAAAUUUUUUAGAGAUCGGAAUUGGUUGUUCAUCGAGUUUCCGGAGUUGAAAAGUCCCUUUGGUAGCAGUGUCAGUGAGGAAGAGUCAAUGACUGGAAUUACUGAAAAGAGAAAGUCAGAGUCAUAUCCUGGUGAAAAUUCUGGGUUCAAAGUGCUAGAAAUAGGAUGUGGGGUAGGAAAUACUGUUUUCCCAUUUCUGGCUGCAAAUAAUCACCCUGAAACUUAUGUUUAUUGCUGCGAUUUCUCUUCCACUGCCGUUGAUAUUAUCAAAGGCCAUGAAAAGUUUCAGCCAACCAGAUGUACCCCGUUCGUGUUGGACAUUACAAGUGAAAAUCCAAUCACCCCUUUCCCAAAGGGCUCUCUGGAUGUUAUAACUGCGAUAUUUGUGAUUUCAGCAAUCAGUCCUGAUAAAUAUAACCAAGUAAUUCGAAAUCUACUAGAAUUUUUAAAACCGGGCGGAAUUAUUCUCUUCCGGGACUAUGGAAGGUAUGACAUGGCACAACUUCGAUUUAAAGAUGGACGAUGCAUUUCCGAAAACUUUUAUAUGCGUGGAGAUGGUACACGGGUGUAUUUCUUUUUAGAAGAUGAAGUUGAAAAACUAUUUUUGAAGCAAGGAUUCACUAAAGAACGGAUCAUUGUUGACAAAAGGUUGCAAGUCAAUAGAUCUCGUCAACUGAAAAUGUACCGAGUUUGGAUUCAAGCAAAAUUUGUCAAGCCAAGCUAAUAUAUGAUACGUCAUAAUUCUGUUAUCCAUAGAGGCUGCAAAACAUGAAGUCGUCGUCCGAGGGACAUUUAUUUUGUGGGAUAGACGAGGUUAGUUCUCAGGAUGACAUCAUGUUUCGCAUUCCCUGGUUGUACAUAUAUAUAAUUUAUAAGUAUAAAAUAUAUGAAAUCUUAGCUCUUUGAUUACUUGUUUUCGAGUAACGUUUUUUUUAAUAUUGGCGUCUUGUCACUCUGUUAUACAUGAAUUAUUUCAUUUCCGUUUGACUUUAAUGACUAUCGAUUCAACUCCCGACAGUUCUUGUACACGGAUUAGAUUUAGUUUUUUUAUCUUUACACAAUUACUGGUGUCUGGAAUAAAUAAUAUUAGUAAUUAU